CCAAAACAACCUAAAAAGAUAAAAUCUCAAGAAAAUACAACUAAAGAAAGGUAUGUCACUUCUGUAUUUGAAAACCAAGAUACAGGGGAGAGAAUUGAAGGCAUCUAUGGGGUUUUUUUCUCUCCCAGAAUACCUCAUUCAAGAUGGCUACCAAUAUUGGCAGCCAUCUUGAAUGAGGCAUUCUGGGAGAGAGAAAAAAAAACACAGCGCCUUCAUAUCUCUCAGUGUGUUCUUAUAUACCGCUUAUCGGCCACCGUAUUUUGUGACGUUACAUUUGAUUUGGGUGAUCAUCCAUGACCGAUUAACAGACUGUUAAGUUGUAUAGACAUGUCCGAAGUACCAGAAGAUGUCGAAAUUCGAACAAAGGAGAUGCAUACGGGCGGGGAACCAUUGCGAGUGAUAGAGUCUGGCUUCCCCUCCCUCGGGGGCGACACCAUACUGGAUAAAAUUCGUUUCAUCAGGGAAAAUUUUGACGCAUACCGAAAAUUUCUGAUGUAUGAACCACGCGGUCACUAUGACAUGUACGGAGCAUUGGUAGUACCAGCCGACAACAAGAAAGCUGACAUAGCCACGAUCUUCAUGCACAAUGAAGGGUACAGUACGAUGUGUGGACACGCAGUUAUCGCCCUUGGACGAUACGCUGUAGAUUCGGGAUUAGUCCGGAACCCUUCCAGUCCGGAGACCGUGUGGCCAUCCAGUGUCCGUGUGGCCAUCCAGUGUCCGUGUGGACUGGUAGAAGCGUUUGUGGAGUAUGAGAAUGGAAAGACCGGAAACGUCCGGUUUAACAGUGUGCCGGCUUUUGUCUUCGCAACAGAUGUUUCUGUGGAUAUCCCGGAAUAUGGAAACGUGACCGUAGACAUAGUCUACGGAGGAGCAUUCUACGCCUUCGUAGCCGACGCGCAGUACAACUUCCGGUUGGGAGAGGUUCCCAUACAGGAAGUUAGGAACGCAGCCGGAGCUACUACAGACGCCCUUAAGAAGCAGUUAAAGCUAAGUCAUCCGGACAGUGAUGACCUCGCCUUUCUGUAUGGGACCAUCGUAACGGACGGACAAGACGGACAGGACGGAUCCAGCGAUAAACUUUCGUCUAAUGUCUGUGUUUUCGCGGAAAGACAGAUUGAUAGGUCACCCUGCGGUUCUGGAGUAACGGCCAGAAUCGCCAGACAGUACCAUAAAGGUUAUGUCGGACUAGGACAAGCCAAGGAAUUUCUGGGACCAUCUGGAGCCAAAUUCACAGCCAAGGCCGUAACGGAAGUGACGUAUGGCGGAUUCAAGGCAGUAGUGGUCGAGGUUUCCGGUAAAGGACACUACUGUGGCUCAUCAACAUUUUCUUUGGAGAAGGAUGACGUCAUAGGUCGUGGCUUUCUCCUUAAGUAAUUUCUGGCCAACAUGGCCAUGAUGGGAGCUGCUUUACUUGAGAAUUUAUUUGCAAAUGGAUUGUUAAUACAAAAGGUAUCCUAUAACUUCUUGCGAUUAAUAGGCCUAACCAUAGUUUUGAAAACACUUAAUUUGGAAAUCAAUCAAGGAAAGUUGAAAGUGUAAAGUGGUUUUGUCCAAAAUUGACUAACGAAAAACAAAAAUCUAGCUUUUAUGUCUUUUUUCUGCAUGUGCGCCAGGCUUUCUUUUCACCCUUUAGUAAUGUAUGCAGACGAAAACCCCAAUGCGCUUACAUCUUUGCAUUCAAUUCUUAUACAACUUGCCAAUUAAAACAUACUU